AUUCCAUCCUGACCCGAGUGCCUCUCGAGUGGCCCAGUGUCUCUGGAGAGGGAUUUUGUGAAUUUUUUUCUCACUUGGGUUCCAUAUAAUCAAAGGUCACUUUUUCACUCGCCCUAAAGCAGUGCAACGUGACCAACAUUAAACCGUAUGACUGACUACUUCACUUGGCAAGUUGAUUGUUGGGUUAAAGUCCACCGGGUUUCUCCGGCAGUGGUGCGAACUAGUGCCAAAUGCACAUUGGAAACUGGAGCUACCUGCACUUCGUCGCCGGUGUAGCGGUCACGUUUGCAGAAUUAAGGGUAUUAUAGCAGUGACGACCGGCGGAAAACAUGCCUGAGAAGUCAACUACAGGAGUUGGGGCGAAGUCGGACCUUGUUUUCUUCGUCAAUGGCAAAAAGGUUGUGGACCCGGAUGUAGACCCAGAGAUGACUUUGUUGACCUACCUGAGGAGAAAAUUACGCCUGACUGGAGCGAAGCUGGGAUGUGGGGAAGGUGGGUGUGGAGCCUGCACUGUCAUGGUGUCCAGGUACAACCCCACACAGAGGAAAGUGCUUCACCUUGCUGUGAAUGCCUGCCUUGCACCUAUCUGCUCCCUACAUGGUGCAGCUGUCACAACAGUGGAGGGGAUCGGCAGCACCAGGACCAGGCUGAACCCUGUACAGGAGAGGAUUGCGAAGGCCCAUGGGUCCCAGUGUGGUUUCUGCACCCCGGGGAUUGUCAUGUCAAUGUACACCUUACUGCGGAACCAUCCUACCCCCGACAUGGAGCAGUUGGAAACAACUUUACAGGGUAACCUCUGCAGGUGUACUGGCUACAGACCUAUCCUGGAGGGAUACAAGACUUUCACCAAGGAGUCUCAUGGCUGCUGUGGAGGAAUGGCAAGCAAUGGCUGCUGCCGUGAUUAUCAAUGUGAACAGGCAGCCAAUGGAAAUACUGGGAAUGAAUGGGAUGAGAAUGUCUCUAAAGAAUUGUUCCAGGUGUCAGAGUUCUUGCCUCUUGAUCCUACCCAAGAACCCAUCUUUCCACCAGAGCUGAUGAAAGGUGAGGGCAGUGAUGAAAGAACUCUGAAGUUUGUAGGAGAACGAGUCACUUGGAUCAAACCCGCAACUUUUAAGGAGGUUCUGGAGCUGAAGACAAAGAUUCCACGUGCCAAGCUGGUGGUUGGGAACUCAGAAAUUGGUGUGGAGGUGAAAUUCAAGAACUGUGACUAUCCCUUCAUCAUCGCACCCGGACACCUGCCUGAGAUCAACUUCCACAGGUACACUGAACAUGGCAUCACAUUUGGAGCCGGAUGCACCAUUACUUACCUUAACGACACUCUGGCAGAGGCCAUAGAUACUCUUCCAGAACAUCAGACCAGACUGUUUGCUGCCAUAGUGGAGAUGCUGAGGUGGUUUGCAGGCCGCCAGAUCAGGAAUGUUGGGUGCAUUGGAGGGAACAUCCUGACUGCCAGCCCCAUCUCUGACCUGAACCCCAUCUUCCUGUCAGCUGGCUGCACCAUGACUGUCAUGUCACACCAGGGAGGCAGCCGUGUUGUCAAGAUGGAUCACACCUUCUUCCCUGGUUACAGGGAGACUGCUCUCACUCCUGAGGAGGUCAUGAUGUCUCUGGAUGUUCCUUUCACCAAGGAGAAUGAGUACUUCCUGGCUUACAAGCAAGCACGAAGGAGAGAUGAUGAUAUUGCCAUAGUGAAUGCAGCGUUCAGGGUCCAGUUUGAGGAGGGGACUAAUGUUAUUAAGGACGUUGCCCUGUCAUUUGGAGGAAUGGCUCCUACCACUGUCAUGGCUCGUAACACUGCCAACAGCCUCAUUGGACUGAAGUGGGACAAUGAUCUGCUUCCCGAGGCCUGCUCAUGUCUGGAGGAUGACCUGCCCCUGUCCCCGUCUGUCCCAGGGGGCAUGGUGGAGUUCCGCCGCACCCUCACCACCAGCUUCUUCUUCAAGUUCUUCUUGUCUGUACAACAGAGGCUGAAUCUCAAGGUGGGGGGACUGUCUGGCUCUGUUGUUCCCUUUGAUGAUGUUCCCCCAUCCUACAGGAGUGCCUACAGUCUGUACCACAGGGAGCCAUCACAGGGCACCCAGAUGUACCAGGAAGUUCCCAAAGGUCAGCGGAGGGACGAUGCUGUUGGCAGACCCAUCAUGCACCUGUCUGCACUGAAGCAAGCAACAGGGGAGGCAGUGUACACAGAUGACAUGCCACACAUACAAGGUGAGCUGUAUCUUGGGUUGGUGCUCAGCAAAAAGGCUCACGCCAAAAUUGUGUCCAUUGAUCCCAGUGAGGCCUUGAAGAUGCCUGGUGUGGAGACGUUUGUCAGUGCAGAGGAUGUGCCAGGCUCCAACAUCACUGGGCCUGUGGUAAAGGAUGAGGAGGCCUUUGCCACUGAAAAGGUGACCUGUGUUGGGCAGAUAGUAGGUGCUGUGCUGGCAGACACACAGGCACAUGCACAACGGGCAGCUAAAGCAGUGGUGGUGCAGUAUGAAGACCUCGGGCCCAAAAUCAUCACAAUUGAGGAUGCAAUUCUACACCAGUCAUUCUACCAACCUGUCAACAAGAUAGAGAAAGGGAAUCUAGUGGAGGCAUUUGAAAAGUCUGACCAGAUCCUUGAGGGUGAGCUGAGGAUUGGUGGCCAGGAGCACUUCUACCUGGAGACCUGUGCUGCCAUUGUGGUGCCUCAUGGAGAGGAUGGGGAGAUGGAGAUCUUCUGUUCCACUCAGAACCCCACCACGAUGCAGAUGCUGGCAGCCAAGGUACUGGGUAUCCCUGCAAACAGGGUGGUCUGCAGGGUGAAGAGGAUGGGUGGAGCGUUUGGAGGGAAGGAGACACGACCCUUUGCCAUUACUUCAGUCUGUGCGGUGGCAGCUCACAAGGUGCAGAGACCAGUGAGAAUCAUGCUUGACAGAGACGAGGAUAUGGUAAUAACAGGAAGAAGGCAUCCUUUUCUGGGUAGAUACAAGGUUGGAUUUAUGAGUGACGGGAGAGUUCUGGCACUGGACAUCAGUCUGUACAGUAAUGCAGGAAACUCACUGGACCUGUCACAUGGAGUUAUGUGCCAAGCCUUACUGCGCUCAGACAGUGCUUACACCAUCCCCAAUGUCCGUGCUGUUGGCUACGUCUGUAAGACAAACACAGCUUCCAACACAGCCUUCCGAGGCUUUGGAGCCCCCCAGGCAGUCUUCUUUGCAGAGAGUUGGAUUGCUGACGUUGCUAUCAAGUGUGGAAUCUCUCAACACAAGGUCCGAGAGAUAAACAUGUGCAAGGAGGGUGACGUGACUCACUACAACAUGACGCUGGAAGGGUGUCAGCUGCAGCGUUGCUGGGAGGAGUGUCUGAAGCAGAGUGACUUCCUCACCAGGCGCAGGCAGGUGGACGGGUUCAAUGGGGAAAACAGGUGGAAGAAACGUGGGUUGGCAGCCAUCCCAACCAAGUAUGGUAUUGCUUUUAUUGGAUCAUUCAACCAGGCUGGUGCUCUGGUGCAUGUGUACACAGAUGGGUCUGUGCUGGUAACCCAUGGUGGUACCGAGAUGGGGCAGGGGCUGCACACCAAGAUGGUCCAGGUGGCCGGCAGGGUGUUGAAGAUUCCCACCUCCAGAAUCCACAUCAGUGAAACCAGCACGAACACUGUACCAAACACCUCCUCUACUGCUGCCAGCCUCAGCUCAGAUCUCUAUGGAAUGGCAGUCAAGAUUGCCUGCGAGACCAUCCUGCAGCGACUGGAGCCCUACAUGGGGAAGGGUUCCUGGGAUGACUGGGUGCGGGCAGCGUACUUUGACAGAGUUGGACUUUCAGCCACUGGGUUCUACAGGACACCGGGAAUAGAAUACGACAUACAGAAGAAUGAAGGGAGGCCCUUUAGCUACUUCUGUUAUGGAACAGCUGUGUCUGAGGUCGAGAUUGAUUGCCUCACUGGGGAUCACACGGUUCUACGUACGGAUAUUGUGAUGGACGUGGGGAACAGCCUGAACCCUGCUGUAGACAUUGGACAGAUUGAAGGAGCAUUUCUACAGGGCUAUGGCUUAUAUACAAUGGAAGAGCAGGUGUACUCACCUGACGGGGUGCUGUACUCACGAGGACCUGGCAUGUAUAAGAUACCAGGGUUUGCUGACAUCCCCAUUCACUUCAAUGUGUCCCUGCUGAGAGGUGCACCAAAUGACAAGGCAAUCUUCUCAUCUAAGGGUGUCGGAGAGCCUCCAAUUCUACUGGCUUCAUCUGUCUUCUUUGCCAUCAAAGAUGCCAUCUACUCUGCUAGAGCGGAUGCAGGAUAUAAGGGCAUAUUCCGACUGGAUAGCCCAGCGACUGCUGAGCGCAUCCGCAUGGCUUGCAAGGACCAGUUUACCGCCCAGUUCCCUGCAGCUGAGCCAGGAAGCUUCACACCUUGGGCUAUCAAGCUUUAGGGAGGUGCCAGCUCUUACUGACAGCUCUACAACACUGAGGAAGAACUGGUUUUAUUGGAUAGUUUGGGGAAUCCAGCAUACUGCUCUUCCUUUGUGUUUCUCUGAUAACGUUAUACAUAUAUUAUAUUACCAUAUAUCAAGGUCUGCCUAUUAACACCUCAAACGACCUCAGACAACUUCAAAUGACCUCAAACGGCUCUAAUAAAAAGUGUACAUGGUGCAACAACCUUAUAUGGCGGUCUGGAUACAAUGUUUACUAGGCAUUUAUGAACUAAAUAAUGCAGCAGUUAUUUCGAGUUAAUCCACCGCUUUCAAGAUCAACGCAAUUUCUGGUCGCCAUAUUGGAUUAUAGGGGUCUACAUGAAGAAGUUUUCGAUACCUUCUUCAGUCCAUAGACGACAGUAUGAUAAAACUGUGGAUGUUGUAAUUAGCCAUAAGUGGCUCCUAGAGUAUAGCAUAGCACAAUUCUAUCCUUGAUAACCCAUUCCUCCCUCAUAUACAAUAUUAUAGCACAGUAUGGUCCAUGGGGUAUAUGGGAAACUGAUAAAUCCUCAAAAUGGAGCAAGAUUUAAGUGAUUCUAGGCUGUGACCGUUACAUCCUCCAUUCCAUGUUCAUGCAUUUCUAUAACCAACGUAGAAUGUGGCACAAGAAGUAGAUAUGUUACCAUGUAAUCAUCCCAAUAUAUGUACAUGGAUAUCGUGUUUUGUAGGUUGAAACUUGGUAGAAAGGCAUAUUAACUCAAUAUAUCAAUACAUAGUUUAUUUCAUUCAUUAUUUUCUCAGGCCGGUUAAUCCCAAAAUGUGUGACCGUCUGUCCAUACAUGAUACUAUACUGUUCUUUUUCUAGCCAGUCCAAAAUCUGUUCCACUUGUUCAGGUGCAUUUUUUCAGACCAUUCCACCUAGAAACACUGGUUUCGUACUGUUUAAUACCAUGUACCGGCACCUACGUCUGCUCAUAAGAAAUAAGGUUUUACUUAAUGUUUGACAUCUAUGUUUUAGAGGAGGGCUUUUUAAAAAAUAUAAUCAAUAUGCUUUUUGCCCUAUCCUCAAUAUAUAUCCUAUCGCACCUAAUAAUAACAAUCCCUUAGUUGAAAUAUUUGAACGUUGGAACAUCACGGAAGAUCUGGCAUUACAUAGGAUCUGGCAACCAGUAGAUCUAUGUGAAUGAAAUCCAUGUUAAUAGAAUAAAGAACAUAAACA